AUGGUGAGUAACAUAAACGGUGACACUGCGCUGAAUGGGUGUCUACUGUCCCUCCAGGCUCGAGAUGGUAAUGACUACCAGCUAGGACUGACCCCCACCGGAGUGCUGGUGUUUGAGGGAGAGACCAAGAUAGGCCUGUUCUUCUGGUAAGACCAUUGGCCAUACUUGAUCUCUACCUGUGUCUCUACUAGUUCAAGAACUAGUGGGUGUUGAUCACUAUCUCUUGUUUAACUGUCCCUAUAAUUGUGUUUUUCCAUGUGUGUGUCUCAGGCCCAAGAUCACCCGUCUAGACUUUAAGAAGAGCACACUGACCCUGGUGGUGGUUGAGGAUGACGGAGAAGAGGCUCAGGAGACAGAAGAGGUAAUGAACCAACCCUCCUCUGCCACAAACACACACAGUGGGGGUAGCCAUGGUCCCUACUCUUACCUCCGACUCUUUACUACUGGGCCCUCUUCCCAUACACUUAUCCACCCACUCAGACUCAGUCUCUCUGCUCUGAGGGCCCUAGUGUAGCUGGGGAUUGUUUGUUCCGCCUGGGUCUGAAUCUGACCUAUCCAUGCAUCCAUCCAUAUCCUGUUCUGUUUAUCAUGCUGCAUCACUCUUUCUCUUCCAUCAUGCUGUUCUGUUGUGCUACCUUAGUUAAUUAUAGUGGCUGGUGUUGAAAUGCGGUCCAUUUUCUCCCACUGCUUUUCAAUACAACCCAACGCCCCUGUACUUUUCUGUACAAGCUCCCGUCAUUGCGGAGAUAUCCCUGCAGUUUUCCAGUCUCAUCAUGAAUGGUCCUAAUGUCACUUGUUACUUAGUCAUAGAUAUCAUUUUCAGUAAAAUAGACUCUGUCAUUCAGUUUUCAGUCAACGGAUAGUUGAUUACUCAUGCUCUUUAUAUUGUGGUAGCGCUAUUUGAAAUGUGUAGCCUAUACUCUCUGACCCUGUUUCUGUUCUGUUCUGACCAGAUCAUGUCAGUAAAGGCAGUUACUUUGUUCCAGUCCAAUAAAACGGCUUUGUAUUGAAAUGAAAAUGAAAACCCCUUAUUAUAGUACACCACCGGAGGCUAGAGCAGAGCUGUACAAAGCUGCUUUUAUAACAAUGUGAUGUGGUGGGGUGGGCCAGUCCUACAUGGAAUGUACUUAGUUUCACCUGUAGCAGGGAUACAGUCAGGGAGGUAGGUGGGCAUGCAAGGAGGUAGGUCGGCAUGCGGGGAGACAGGCGGGCGGGCAUGCAGGGAGACAGGCGGGCGGGCAUGCAGGGAGACAGGCGGGCGGGCAGGCAGGGAGACAGGCGGGCGGGCAGGCAGGGAGACAGGCGGGCGGGCAGGCAGGGAGACAGGCGGGCGGGCAGGCAGGGAGACAGGCGGGCGGGCAGGCAGGGAGACAGGCGGGCGGGCAGGCAGGGAGACAGGCGGGCGGGCAUGCAGGGAGACAGGCGGGCGGGCAGGCAGGGAGACAGGCGGGCGGGCAGGCAGGGAGACAGGCCGGCGGGCAGGCAGGGAGACAGGCGGGCGGGCAUGCAGGGAGACAGGCGGGCGGGCAUGCAGGGAGACAGGCGGGCGGGCAGGCAGGGAGACAGGCGGGCGGGCAGGCAGGGAGACAGGCGGGCGGGCAGGCAGGGAGACAGGCGGACUGGCAGGCAGGGAGGGAGGCAGACUGGCAGGCAGGGAGGGAGGCAGACUGGCAGGCAGGGAGGGAGGCAGACUGGCAGGCAGGGAGGGAGGCAGACUGGCAGGCAGGGAGGGAGGCAGACUGGCAGGCAGGGAGGGAGGCAGACUGGCAGGGAGGGAGGGAGGCUGGCAGGGAGGGAGGGAGGCUGGCAGGGAGGGAGGGAGGGAGGCUGGCAGGGAGGGAGGGAGGCUGGCAGGCGGACUGGCAUGCAGGGAGACAGGCGGACUGGCAUGCAGGGAGACAGGCGGACUGGCAUGCAGGGAGGGAGGCAGACUGGCAGGGAGGGAGGCAGGCUGGCAGGGAGGGAGGCAGACUGGCAGGGAGGGAGGCAGACUGGCAGGGAGGGAGGGAGGCUGGCAGGCAGGGAGGGAGGGAGGGAGGGAGGCUGGCAGGGAGGGAGGGAGGCUGGCAGGCAGGGAGGGAGGGAGGCUGGCAGGCAGGGGGAGGGAGGCUGGCAGGCAGGGAGGCUGGCAGGCAGGGAGGGAGGCAGACUGGCAGGCAGGGAGGGAGGGAGGCAGGCAGGAAGGGAGGCAGGCAGGCAGGGAGGGAGGGAGGCAGACUGGCAGGCAGGGAGGGAGGCAGACUGGCAGGCAGGGAGGGAGGCAGACUGGCAGGCAGGGAGGGAGGCAGACUGGCAGGGAGGGAGGGAGGCUGGCAGGGAGGGAGGGAGGCUGGCAGGGAGGGAGGCUGGCAGGCAGGGAGGGAGGGAGGCUGGCAGGGAGGGAGGGAGGCUGGCAGGCAGGGAGGGAGGCUGGCAGGCAGGGAGGGAGGCUGGCAGGGAGGGAGGCUGGCAGGCAGGGAGGGAGGCUGGCAGGCAGGCAGGGAGGGAGGGAGGGAGGGAGGCAGACUGGCAGGGAGGGAGGCAGACUGGCAGGGAGGGAGGCAGACUGGCAGGCAGGCAGGGAGGGAGGGAGGGAGGCAGACUGGCAGGCAGGGAGGGAGGCAGACUGGCAGGCAGGGAGGGAGGGAGGCAGACUGGCUGGCAGACUGGCAGGGAGGGAGGGAGGCAGACUGGCAGGCAGGGAGGGAGGGAGGGAGGCAGACUGGCAGGGAGGGAGGGAGGGAGGCAGACUGGGAGGGAGGGAGGCAGACUGGCAGGCAGGAAGGGAGGCAGUCAGGCAGGGAGGGAGGGAGGGAGGCAGACUGGCAGGCAGGAAGGGAGGCAGGCAGGCAGGGAGGGAGGGAGGCAGACAGACUGGCAGGAGGCAGACUGGCAGGGAGGGAGGCAGACUGGCAGGAAAGGAGGCAGGCAGGCAGGCAGGGAGGGAGGCAGACAGACAUAUGGGUAAGGAGGGAGACAGAGGGAGGUAGGCAGGCAAUAGCUGAAGCAGCCCAUGUAGUGUAGACUUUUGCAAUCAGCUGGCUGUCUGCCUCUACCCAGGAAUCAGGAUGUGCUCAUUAGCAGCUAAGGAGAGCUGUGUGAGGAGGGCAUUUAGAAAAGAAACAUUGUCUGCAGGACUGCUAAUGUGUGCUCUGAACUAGGACGUUUGUGUAGCUGUGAGGGUAUGUGUGUGCGUGUAUGGGGAUUAGUAUAGCCUAGGUCAGUUCUGAAGCAGAGGAAUAUCCUUGAAUUUCCACACACCUCUAGGACGAUAUGUUUUGUCUAUCUCCGAGGCUGCCUGGCUGGGCUGGCUCAUCUCCAGGGAUAGUUAAUUAAAGCGUAAGCUCUUUCCCUCAGGCAUCUGUGGCAUCCACAGCCCUUACAGCAGCUCCUAGCACUCCAUUAAACCAGGCUGUAGAGCUGUUAACAUGGAAACACCCCCCGCCUGGCUGGGCCGGCACUAGACAGGCUAACAAGGCUUUGGCACUGGUUGUCUUUCUGUCUGUCACCUACACACUGCUGAACACCUGGGAGUGAGAGUUCUCUCCAUGGUCAAAGAUACUUCACCUUGUCAAGAUGUUUUCAGACAUCUAAAGUCAUUUGUUGUGUGGAUGCAGUUAUACGCUAUACCUCAAACCCAAAUGAUUUGGGAAAGAACUGAAUGAGGUUUAUUUGAAGCAGUAGUCAAAGGAAUCCUACAAUACACAUUACAUGGAUGUGACUCGUACUAUGCUAUAGUGUUGCAACAUGUACAGUAUGUAGAUGGAAUCCCCUCAGAUAGAGAGGAAAGGCUAGACAGACAGUGUUGGAAUGAGACAGUAGACUAGUUCAAAUCAUGACUAGUAGUUGAUGGGGACUGCUGCUCAGCCAUUCUGACAGGUGACCACUUGGAAUGUGUUGCACCAUCGGAAUGUGGCCAGUGUCUUUACUUUGGGACAUUUCACUAAUCUCUGAUGUGUGUGCAUGUCUAUGGAGGAUGUGUGGGGGUCUGUGUGUGUGGGGGUCUGUGUGUGUGUGUGGGGGUCUGUGUGUGUGGGGGUCUGUGUGUGGGGGUCUGUGUGUGUGUGUGUGUGUGUGUGUGUGUGUGUGUGUGUGUGUGUGUGUGUGCUAAGCCUAUGCACAUCCUGUGUGUGUCCGACACUGGACUGCACUUUCUCUCUCUCAAAGGUAUUCUGGUUCUCAUCUCCCGAGGUCUUUGUUUUCACGUCUUAAUCCUCUGUACCCUGUUCCUGUGUCUGAAUUAAUGAAGCAGUGUUAGUAGAGCACUGAAUAGGGCUGGCUAGCAGCAGGACAGAGCACUGAAUAGGGCUGGCUAGCAGCAGGACAGAGCACUGAAUAGGGCUGGCUAGCAGCAGGACAGAGCACUGAAUAGGGCUGGCUAGCAGCAGGACAGAGCACUGAAUAGGGCUGGCUAGCAGAAGGACAGAGCACUGAAUAGGGCUGGCUAGCAGAAGGACAGAGCACUGAAUAGGGCUGGCUAGCAGCAGGACAGAGCACUGAAUAGGGCUGGCUAGCAGCAGGACAGAGCACUGAAUAGGGCUGGCUAGCAGCAGGACAGAGCACUGAAUAGGGCUGGCUAGCAGAAGGACAGAGCACUGAAUAGGGCUGGCUAGCAGCAGGACAGAGCACUGAAUAGGGCUGGCUAGCAGCAGGACAGAGCACUGAAUAGGGCUGGCUAGCAGAAGGACAGAGCACUGAAUAGGGCUGGCUAGCAGAAGGACAGAGCACUGAAUAGGGCUGGCUAGCAGCAGGACAGAGCACUGAAUAGGGCUGGCUAGCAGAAGGACAGAGCACUGAAUAGGGCUGGCUAGCAGAAGGACAGAGCACUGCUGAGAAAGUUGCUACGCUGGCAUAACUGAUUAGGACACGAGAAGGGAUUUAAUUUGCCUCGUCGAGGCCUGACGGAAAAUUGCAUUCAUGAGCAAGUUAUUGGAAACUGCAGGGCAAGCAGCUUCUUCUCUGCCUGGCCAUGCACUGACUCAAAUGAAGGUUGGAAUCACAGGGAAUAGGGUUGUUUUAUAUUGUCAAGUUCAUCCAAGGAGACAUACUGUACUAACCCGUUCUUAUUGCAAAAUACAUUUGUGUUCAAUGAGCUUGUCUGAAUCCAUAACCGACCAGUUAAAACAUGUCUACAACCAGACAUAUUUUUCCUGGCCAGCAUAUGCUGUCCUAUGGCCAGUUUUUAUUCUGGAAAAACAUUAGGCCCUAGUUAGUUAUAACAUGCAUGUAUUAUCCCACUGUCUAGUCCUACCACUGCUUCAUGUCAAUGCGUUUCCUCUGUCUCCCGGUCUCCUCUUGCUGUGACACUGAUAGAAAAGUUAUGCUAAUGCUAUGUUCCUGUCUGUCUCUCUCUCUCUUUCUCUCUCUCCGUCUCAGGGUAAAGAGCAGGAGCACACGUUUGUGUUCCGUAUGGACCACCCCAAGGCCUGUAAGCACCUGUGGAAGUGUGCUGUGGAACACCACGCCUUCUUCCGGCUCCGCGGCCCCGUCCAGAAGGGCUCAGCACGCUCCGGGUUCAUACGCAUGGGAUCACGCUUCCGCUACAGGUAGCUAUUGAACAGCAUAUGUACACUACACUCUGCUUAGCAUACUACUAACAGUAUUCACUCCACACUACACAAGUCUCCACACAAUUCAAUCCCCAGUUCAUUUUUAUAAUGCAUGUUUCAUCAGCUUAUUAAAAUUCCAACAAUUUGCACAUAAGACAAAUCCACAGAUUAUAAUUGUAAUAGGACUCAACCCACCAUAUGCGCUCGUUAAGCUGACUGUGCCUAGUGAAACUGGCUAAACUUCCAACAUUCAACUUGGCCCGUUGUGUAAUAAUAAGUUGUCCUGCUGCAGUGUAAACUUCGGACUGCUGAAACAGCAGCUGCAGGCUCUCUCUGGGGCCUUGUUGUUUCAAGGUGGGGUAUUUCUAGUUGGAUGGUUACAGAGUUCAGCAGGGGUCAGUCCCAUAUCCCAACACCUUGUCGAGGGGUUGAGCACUGAAUGCCACCCUGGGGGUAUGAGGGAGGGCUGGGGGUGACGGAUGGGAGGGGACAAGUAACGGCACACUGCACUGGUACACCCUCUGUUUAUCUUUUCUCUGGAGUACCCAAGCGGUGGUUACAACAACACUGCUUCUCUGUCUGCUCCACUCUACCACUUGGCUAUAGUCCAUAUUGCCAGGUGUGUUUCCAUCCUGACCAUGUGGCCUGACCAGUCAAAACUCUGGGCUCAACCUAAACCAUUCUCAGCGAUUUUUAAGGAAUCUGAUCACUUGCUGCCUGUGCCUUUGUGUUUUCAUGUAGUCUCUUUUAUUUGUUUCUCUAUCUGAAGUCUCUUCCACAAACUGAACCUGACUCCAGGUCAGACACUCUUACCCUCUUUUUCUCAUUACAACCAUUACAAUUACAUGUGGUCCAUUUCCAAGGCUCGCUAGCUCUUUUCAUUUUAACAACAGCUUUUCAGGGUGUCUGUCUCUGUUUGAAUACAAGCUUUCUCUUCAGCUGGAUCUAGCUAAGGAUUUUCAAUAUGUUUAAGUAAUUAACUAAAACAGUUUCCCUUUGUGGAAUCUGAGCCCCAACAGAUUCCACAAGUUCCAGUCAUUAUCUGAAUCAGUCCUGGCAGUCUGAACCUCCCUAUCUCUGCCUGUUUUCAGUCUUCACUGGGCACUCACUGCCUGACUGUCCCCUGCCUGGUGGUGGGUUGGUUGGUUUCACUCUCAUUCCCCCUCCUCCUUCCUGUGUGUUGUUCUGGGUUGUAUUCACUAGGAACGAAACCGAAUAAAAAGGGCAGAAAUGGGGAGGGGACUACCUGAACUUGUCCAAUAAUAAAUGCUUGUUUACAUUUCCCGUUGUAAACCAUUUUGCUACGGUGUGUACUAACGAAUAUGACCCUGUUAUCCCCAGUGGGAAGACUGAGUACCAGACCACCAAGGGCAACAAAGCCAGGAGGUCUGCAUCGUUUGAGAGGAGGCCCAGCAGACGCUACUCCAGGAGGACCAUGAUGAACCGGGGUGGGUGGAUACACAAUUUAUACAGUACACACACAGUGUAAUAUAUCGCUUAUGGGUCUUUCUAUAAACUAGGGUACCAGUGAGGAUUUCCUACACUGGACAACUUGUUACAGCUGUUGAUAAGGCAUUUAUAAUAAUCAACCAAUUUCUUAAUGUCAUUACAUUAAUAUAUAAGGGGAUUCAAUACAAUUCAAUACAAUUCACGAGUUGAUUUAAAGCCUAUGUUUAACCCUUUAUCAUAGUUGGUGUCUGGAUGGAUUUGUCCAAAAUUGUGUGACAUAAAACAUGUACUUUUCUGUCCUUGCAUUUAUGGCAGUGUAAGUUGUCGUUAUACCAUAUAUUUAUGGAGGACUAAAAGUGCCACAAUUAAAUAAAUAAAUACACCAUUAAAUAAUUACUUAAAUGUGUCAUUAAUUAAUUCAAAUUAGAAUUAAAUACAUAAAUGUGUAAUUAAAUGUAUCAUUAAUUAAUUCAAAUACCGAUUCAUUUUAUGUAAAAUACAUAUAUAAUUAUUUCACUAUUUACAUUUACAUUUCAUGAUCCUGCAUUGCAGUGAUUCAUGAAUUACUUAAAACUGUCAAACUGACCCAUCAAAGUCAGUGGGCGGGGCUAACGCGAAUCUAGUCUGAUCCAUUGCUUUGGUCUGAAGUAGAGUAGGCCAACCUGGAUAGAGACAAUGGAGGAUCUCCGUGAACUUUCCAGGGAGUUGGUUAGAGACAUUUUAAACUUAGCAGAGGAUGUAGAAGCAGGACCUGCUGACAUUAUCCGGAAUUGAUUUGUCUUGGCUUGAUGCAGAGGGUAACCAAUCAGGCGUUAGGUUCCGCCUACCAACUUUUGAUGGGUCAGUUUGACAGUUUUAAGUAAUUCAGGAAGCACUCCAACGCAGGACCAUGAAAUGUAAAUGUAAAUAGUGAAAUUAUUAUAUAUGUAUUUUACAUAAAAUGAAUCGGUAUUUGAAUUAAUUAAUGACACAUUUAAUAACACAUUUAUGUAUUUAAUUCUAAUUUGAAUUAAUUAAUGACACAUUUAAGUAAUUAUUUAAUGGUGUAUUUAUUUAUUUAAUUGUGGCACUUUUAGUCCUCCAUAUAUAUUAAGCAUUCAUCAGUUAAAUUAGACAUUGACCUUGUUAGAAUCCUGGAUCUAGUUGUCGGACAGUUUUUUUGUAUAGAGAUCUCAGAAUUACAGCGUAAGUACGUGUCUCCUUAUGUUACGGUGUGGAAACAGUUUUCAUGGGCACACAAAUCCAAAAUGAUAUAUGCGAUUGCAAAAUCGAAUGCUUCUAACUGAAAGAGUCGCCUUACCUUAAUACUUAACCUAGAUCCUGGCAUUAACUUGGUUCUUCAAUAAUUAUGCAUGAUACUUGUUGGAUGCGCAUUUGGGUUCCAGCAAUUUUUCCGAAUGACUGUCAAGUGACAAACAGAUUUUGUGAUAGCACUGGUUUAAGUGAGGAAUGUCCAAAAUAUUUUUGUGUCUCAUUCGUUACGAAGACAGUUGUGCCUGGAUCCAAUAUCCCUAGCCAAAUAAUGUUGAUCAUCUGUUGUCUGCAAUGAGUUCUGGAUAUAAUGACAACAAAUUACAUUACCUAGUGGGCUUAUUCACAAUAUGAUCUAGUAAUGAAAUAACAUGACAAAUACAUGUUUUCCAUGUUACACCUGCAAUUUAAAAAAAAAGGGUCUUGAAGUAGCUUACUUGAAUUUGGAGCUCAGGACUGCUUGGAAAGUCCUUGUAAUUAUUGUAGCCAAUUUAUAAGUUCUCCUGCUCCCUUAUAAUUAUCAGUGAAUUUAUUUAUGAUCAGUUUUUGUGAGAGAUGUGGCCACUUUCGUUUUUUUCCCGCCACUUCAAUUGAAGGGUGUUCAGAUAAAACCACGUGCGGUUAUUAUGAGGACGAUAAUAUUUAAUGUUGGCUUCAACUUGGCUUUCCAUACAAAUAUUGUUUUUUGUCACUUUCUCAUGAUAAAAACAGUGACGGUGAGAUGAAUGCUACCGUUACUAAUGGCUUUAUUAUGUGUGCCUGCGUCGGCCACAUUGGCUACAGAAACAUCACAGUGCAUCCAAUCUAUUUAUUCAGGCAAUGUCCACAUUAUUUUCAGAUAUUUUAGAAUGUAAUAAUGAAUAUCAAUGCAUUGGCAAGGCCAAAAAACCUAAUUAUUCUUAAUGUUAUUGGCCUACUUUUUUCUCACUUUUUGCUUAAGGGGGAGGUUCUAUAUGAGGCCCUAUAUGUAUAAUUAUAUAAAUUAUACAAUUGUAUAACAUUGAGGUCCUUGAAAAUUACAAUUAAGUGCUUGAAAAUGUCUCUGAAAGUCCUUGAAUUUGACUUGCCAAUGUCUGCAUGAACCCUGCUUAAAGGAUGCAUGUUCCUAGGCCUAUGUUGUAUAGGUAGAGGGCAAUUUGCAUAUAUGCAAUUUGCAUAUUCACAAAAUGGUUUGUAUUUUUGUUUCAAAGCAUUAUUACAUUUUUAUCCCAGUGUCACACAUUGGCCUCAUUAUUUAUAGAAAGACCCUUAUACAUCAUACCUGACUCACUUUGAUGUUCUUUCUUGUAUUAUUUCCCAGGAGCCAACAAGCCCCAAGAGUAAGUAAACAUUUUUUCAGAACUGAAUGUUUGGAAUGGGCACUGAUUAGUGAUCCAUGAGUAAUCUCUUCCUCUAGCUGUUUAUUAUGAAUAUCUCUCCUCUGUCGUUGUGUGUAAGACUUGACUCAUCUCAGUGUGAUAAACAUGACACACACACACACACACAGUGAGAGACGUGCGCGCACACAAACUAUAUCAGAGUUUGUCACACACAGUCUGUACCCCUCUGGUGUGUAACCUCCUCCAGGCUUGCCUUCCGUUGGGGGUCUUUAUCUCUCCUGUGUGCUGGGGAGGAGAGUACUGGUUAUCAUCACAACCACACAGAGUUCUCACAGUCCUCACUGUGCUGUCUGCCACAAUAAGUUAUUGCUCUCUGUACACUGUCUGUGAUCAGUGUGCGUUAUGUUUUCUUCCAAAUAGUUAUUUGUGUGUGUGCUUCUGUGCUCUUUCAGGUAGUGACCUUUUUACAUAGCAACAGCAAUAAAGCUUUGGGAAUGAAAUGUAUACAGGGCCUUCGGAAAGUAUUCAGACCCCUUGACUUUUUCCACAUUUUGUUACGUUACAGCCUUAUUCUAAAAUGGAUUAAAUUAAUGUUUUUCCUCAUCAAUCUACACACAAUACCCCAUAAUGACAAAGCGAAAAAACAGGUUUUCAGAAAUGUUUGCAAAUUUAUAAAAAAAUAUAAAACUGAAAUACCUUAUUUACAUAAGUAUUCAGACCCUUUGCUAUGGGACUUGAAAUUGAGAUCAGGUGCAUCCUGUUUCCAUUGAUCAUCCUUGAGAUGUUUCUACAACUUGAUUGGAAUCCACCUGUGGUAAAUUCAAUUGAUUGGACAUGAUUUGGAAAAGCACACACCUGUCUAUAUAAGGUCCCACAGUUGACAGUGCAUGUCAGAGCAAAAACCAAGCCAUGAGGUCAAAGGAAUUGUCUGUAGAGCUCCGAGACAGGAUUGUGUCGAGGCACAGAUCUGGGGAAGGGUACAAACAAAUUCUGCAGCAUUGAAGGUCUCCAAGAACACAGUGGCCUCCAUCAUUCUUAAAUGUAAGAAGUUUGGAUCCACCAAAACUCUUCCUAGAGCUGGCCUCCUGGCCAAACUGAGCAAUCGAGGGAGAAGGGUGACCAAGAACCUGAUGGUCACUCUGAUAGAGUUCCUCUGUGGAAAUGGGAGAACCUUCCAGAAGGACAACCAUCUCUGCAGCACUCCACCAAUCAGGCCUUUAUGGUAGAGUGGCCAGACGGAAGCCACUCCUCAGUAAAAUGCACAUGACAGCCUGCUUGGAGUUUGCCAAAAGGCACCUAAAGACUCCGAUCAUGAGAAACAAAAUUCUCUGGUCUGAUGAAACCAAGAUUGAACUCUUUGGCCUGAAUGCCAAGCGUCACAUCUGGAGGAAACCUGGCACCAUCCCUACGGUGAAGCAUGGUGACGGUAGCAUCAUGCUGUGGGGAUGUUUUUCAGCAGCAGGGACUGGGAGACUAGUCAGGAUCGAGGGAAAGAUGAACGGAGCAAAGUACAGAGAGAUCCUUGAUGAAAACCUGCUCCAGACCUCAGACUGGGGCGAAGGUUCAGCUUCCAACAGGACAACGAUCUUAAGCACAUAGCCAAGACAACUCAGGAGUGGUUUCGGGACAAGUCUCUGAAUGUCCUUGAGUGGCCCAGCCAGAGCCCAGACUUGAACCCGAUCGAACAUCUCUGGAGAGACCUGAAAAUAGCUGUGCAGCGACACUCCCCAUCCAACCUGACAGAGCUUGAGAGGAUCUGCAGAGAAGAAUGGGAGAAGCUCCCCAAAUAUAGGUGUACUAAGCUUGUAGUGUCAUACCCAAGAAGACUUGAGGUUGUAAUCGCUGCCAAAGGUGCUUCAACAAAGUACUAAGUAAAGGGUCUGAAUACUUAUGAAAAUGAGAUUUCAGUUUUUAAAAAUAAAUAUGCAAAAAUUUCUAUAAACCUUUUUUUGCUUUGUCAUUAUGGGGUAUUGUGUGUAGUUUGGGAGAGAAAAAACAAAACAAUUUAAUCAAUUUUAGAAUAAGGCUGUAACGUAACAAAAUCUCGAAAAAGUCAAGGGGUCUGAACUUUCCGAAUGCGCUGUAAGCUGGAAGUAGAAGCCUAAGUGUUUACUCCAAUUAGGGAGUGGUGGUAGGGUUAGGGGAAAAUAAUCAAGGAGAAUAUAUUUAAAAUAAUAUAUAUUUACGCAAAUAACAAAUAUAUGGGGUAUUGGAAAUGACGCAGACAAUUACAUUGAUAGAAGCCACAAUCUAUCUGCAAUGUUAGUUGAUCUACCCCUAAAAAAAACUUGGGAAUGAGUAAUGGCGAAUGUCAUGGAGGGAAGGGGUAGGCCUAAUUAUAGAAUACAAUAAGCCUGACAUCCUCUUCUCACCAUUCGUCAUGUUCAUGUUGUCAUGCAUCAGGGUUAUAUCAUGUGACAAUUACGUAAUAGUUAGUUAAUUAGCAAUGAUGUCAUGACUGGGAUUGAUAAUGCUCACUUCACGUGGAUUGUCAUGGCAACGAGUGAUUAAUCAAAGGCAUAGCACUCUGUGACAUUGCAUGCCAAAAGCAUGGGUCCUCCAUAGCAGCCUUAUAGUGAAAGGAAAGUGUGAAAUGUGAUUUGCUUCAGGGUUAUAUCAACAUAAGCUCUUAAGGCUGAAAGGUCAAAGGGUCAAACUGUAAAAAAAAACUAUGUCCAUUGACUGUUGAUUUUAAUGCUCUCUCUCCUCUCCCACCUCUCCUCUCUUUACCAGUCAAAACAAUGGAGUGAACCCCAACAAAGACGCUAAGGUAUGUUGCGCUCCUUGAACUGGACAGACACUAGUGGCAAAGAGCUGGUUUCCCAGACACAUUAAGCCUGGUAUUGGACUAGGUAGCACUUUCUAUGGAGAAUCUCUAUUGAACAUAUUUUUUAUUCUAGAACGAGGCAUAAUCUGUGUCUGGGAAACCGGCCUUUGGACUCCCACCCAUGGUCCAGUGUCCUAACCCCUGCCCCUCUGUGUCUCCCCCAGCCCCUCCACAUCAGAAGCCCCUGGUCUCUUCCCGUGGUCAGCCCUGCUCCCUCAGCCUCCACCAGUAGCCCCAUGGAAAUCGAAACCCUCCCCAGGAGUCCUGGCGGUGGCCAAUCAGAGAAGAGGAGGUGAGCCGCUCGCUGUUCUAAUGCCAUAAGAGCGUUAAGCUGCCUAAUCUGUCCAUCCUGCUGUAACUUGGUACUGGGUGGUUGACACAGAGCCUGCAUCCCAAAUCACACCCUAUUCCUAUAUAGUGCACUACUUUUCAUCAGGGCCCAUUUUUUAUUGUCACAUACAAUGCCUUCGGAAAGUAUUUAGACCCCUUGACUUUUUACACAUUUUGUUACGUUACAGCCUUAUUCUAAAAUUGAUUAUAUUGUAUUUUUCCCUCAUCAAUCUACACACAAUACCCCAUAAUGACAAAGCAAAAACAGGUUUUUAGACAUUUUUGCUUAUUUAUUAAAAAUAUUAAACUGAAAUAUCACAUUUACAUAAGUAUUCAGACCCUUUACUCAGUACUUUGUUGAAGCACCUUUGGCAGCAAUUACAGCAUUGAGUCUUCUUGGUUAUGACGCUACAAGCUUGCUAUACCUGUAUUUGGGGAGUUUCUCCCAUUCUUCUCUGCAGAUCCUCUCAAGCUCUAUCAGGUUGGAUGGGGAGUGUCGCUGCACAGCUAUUUUCAGGUCUCUCCAGAGAUGUUCAAUCGGGUUCAAGUCCGGGCUCUGGCUGGGCCACUCAAGGACAUUGAGACUUGUCCCAAAGCCACUCAUGCGUUGUCUUGGCUGUGUGCUUAGGGUCGUUGUCCUGUUGGAAGGUGAACCUUCACCCCAGUAUGCUGCCCUGUGCGCUCUGUAGCAGGUUUUCAUCAAGUAUCUCUCUGUACUUUGCUCCGUUCAUCUUUCCCUCGAUCCUGACUAGUCUCCCAGUCCCUGCCACUGAAAAACAGCCCCACAGCAUGAUGCUGGCACCACCAUGCUUCACCGUAGGGAUGGUGCCAGGUUUCCUCCAGACGUGACGCUUGGCAUUCAGGCAAUAGAGUUCAAUCUUGGUUUCUCAUGGUCUGAGAGUCUUUAGGUGCCUUUUGGCAAACUCCAAGCGGGCUGUCAUGUGCCUUUUACUGAGGAGUGGCUUCCAUCUGGCCACUCUACCAUAAAGGCCUGAUUGGUGGAGUGCUGCAGAGAUGGUUGUCCUUCUGGAAGGUUCUCCCAUCUCCACAGAGGAACUCUGGAGCACUGUCAGAGUGACCAUUGGGUUCUUGGUAACCUCCCUGACCAAGGCCCUUCUCCCCUGAUUGCUCAGUUUGGCCGUGCGGCCAGCUCUAGGAAGAGUGGUUCCAAACUUCUUCCAUUUAAGAAUGAUGGAGGCCACUGUGUUCUUGGGGACCUUCAAUGCUGCAGACAUUUUUUCCCCAGAUCUGUGCCUCGACACUAUCCUGUCUCGGAGCUCUACGGACAAUUCCUUCGACCUCAUGGCUUGGUUUUUGCUCUGACAUGCACUGUCAACUUUGGGACCUUUAUAUAGACAGGUGUGUACCUUUUUCAAAUCAUGUCCAAUUUGAAUUUACCACAGGUGGACUCCAAUCAAGUUGUAGAGACAUCCACAUAGCAAAGGGUCUGAAUACUUAUGUAAAUAAGGUAUUUCAGUUUUUAUUUGUAAUACAUUUGCAAACAUUUCUAAAAACCUGUUUUCGCUUUGUCAUUAUGAGGUAUUGUGUGUAGAUUGCUGAAAUAUUUUAUUUAUUUAAUCAAUUUUAGAAUAAGGCUGUAAUGUAACAAAGUGGGAAAAAUCAAGGGGUCUGAAUACUUUCCGAAGGCACUGUACACCGGAAAGUUGCAGUGAAAUUUUGUUAUACAGGGUCAGCCAUAGUAGUAUGGUGCAUCUGGAGAAAAUUAGGGUUAAGUGCCUUGCUCAAGGUCACAUCAAUAGGUUUUUCACCUUGCCUGCUCAGGUAUUCGAACCAGCGACCUUUCGGUUACUGGCCCAAUGCUCUAACCACUAGGCUACCUGCACUCCCAAAAAUAGUCAAAAGUAGAGGGAAUAGGGUGCCAUUUGGUAUGCACAUGGAGGCUCUGCCUAGUGCCUGCUCUGCUCUGGGACAGCUAGUGACCAGACGGGAUACCUGGGCCGUGUUCAUUAGGCAACAAUUGGAAGAAAUUGGACUGCAACAGGAGUGGGACUACCUGGACUUGUUCAAUAAGAAACACAAAUUUUUGUUUUCCCUUGAAAAAUGUUUUGGAACGUUUCCCAUUGCAUGCCCUAAUGAACAUGACCCUUGCUGCACUAUGCACAUCCUGGAGCUCUCAGGAAGUAGGGUGGUGGUGGUUUUGUCUGUGUGUGUUUGUCUGUGAGGAUGGGGUACAGUGAGUGACUAGAAUGAGUGAAGGGGGUCCAUGUUUGGCAGUGUGCUCUGACACUGAGCAGAUGGCUAGUGGUGGUAGUCCUGCUACUGCUGCAUUGCUGGUAGCCAUGGCCCCCGCUGGCUUGGCAACAACAAACUCUUGCUCUUCUAAGAAAUACCUCAUCCCUUUCCUCAAUCCCCUCUCUUCUCCUCUUCUAAACUUUAUCCCCAGAGGAUUACUGCGCAACGAAAGGGGGUCUGCUUUAACUUCCUGAAAUAUGUCUGUUUCCUGUAUUUGGUUGACUUUGAAGCUGUUCUCUUUUAUGUUAAAUCCCCAUUUUAAAGCUCUACCUUUUUGUUCUAGUAUGAUGAUGUACUGAAACCAAACAGGCCUUUUCUAAAGGCAAGGUAUGUACCCUCCAAGUUAUCUGUAGAUUUGCUUUAACCAAUCAAUUUCUCUGGGCCUUCUGGGUCCUGUGAUUCAGGACUGGUGACUGUCUCUCCUGCGGUAAACAAAUAAUCUUCCAGCCAUGGUAAUGCUUGCUCUCUGUGCAUUGAUCCUCCUUCAAUACCAACCCAAUCAGUGUAGAUGUCAUCACAGCUAUGCCAAUACUCUAGUGACCUUUGGUCUCUUUCCAUGACCACCACUUGUUGUGAUCUACUAAUGAUACUGUACACUUCUCCUCCUCCCCCUUUGUAAGUGAAAUUUAAUUUUGCCUCAAUACCUGACAUUGCUGCGGGGACUUCCUUCCAUUCAGCCACGAGCAUUAGUGAGGUUGGACGCUGAUGUUGGGCGAUUAGGCCUGGCUUGCAGUCUGUGUUUCAAUUCAUCCCAAAGGUGUUCAAUGGGGUUGAGGUCAGGGCUGUGUGCAGGCCAGUCAAGUUCUUCCACACUGAUCUCAACAAACCGUUUCUGUAUGGACCUCGCUUUGUGCACGGGGGCAUUGUCAUGCUGAAACAGGAAAGGGCCUUCCCUAAACUGUUGCCACAAAGUUGGAAGCACAGAAUCGUCUAGAAUGUAAUUGUAUGCUGUAGCGUUAAGAUUUCCCUUCACUGGAACUAAGGGGCCUAGCCUGAACCAUGAAAAACAGCCCCAGACCAUUAUUCCUCCUCCACCAAACUUUACAGUUGGAACUAUGCAUUCGGGCAGAUAGGGUUUUCCUGGCAUCCGCCAAACCCAGAUUCAUCCGUCGGACUGCCAGAUGGUGAAGCGUGAUUAAUCAUUCCAGAGAACGCGUUUCCACUGCUCCACAGUCCAAUGGCGGCAAGCUUUACACCACUCCAGCCGACGCUUGGCAUUGUGCAUGGUGAUCUUAGGCUUGUGUGUGGCUGCUCGGCCAUGGAAACCUAUUUCAUGAAGCUCCCGACGAACAGUUCUUGUGCUGACGUUUAUUCCGGGGGCAGUUUGGAACUCUGUAGUGAGUGUUGCAACCGAGGACAGACUAUUUUUAUGCGUUUCAGCACUCGGUGGUCCCGUUCUGUGAGCUUGUGUGGCCUACCACUUCACGGUUGAGCCAUUGUUGCUCCUAGACAUUUCCACUUCACAAUAAUAGCACUUACUGUUGACCGGGGAAUCUCUAGCAGGGCAGAAAUUUGACGAACUGACUUGUUGGAAAGGUGCUAUCCUAUGACGGUGCCAUGUUGUAAGUCACUGAGCUCUUCAGUAAGGCCAUUCUCCUGCCAAUGUUUGUCUAUGGAGAUUGCAUGGCUGUGUGCUCGAUUUGAUACACCUGUCAGCAACGGGUGUGGCUGAAAUAGCCGAAUCACCUAAUUUAAAGGGGUUUCCACAUACUUUUGUGUAUAUAGACUUCAUUACGUUGUUAAUGCAGUACUUUAGCCUAGUUGUUGCCGGUGUAUUUUGCUCUGCCACAGAAAUAAGUCUAAGAUUUGAAUAUAGCAACGACUGAGGAAAGAUAAAAAUGUCAGCCCCGGCCUAUAAAAACUUAAUUCACACUUGGUGCAUAUUUCAUGACUCCGACCAAACAAGCCUGAAGCGCUCGGUGUAAACAGGCGAUUAGAAUUUAAUGGAAGUUUACUGAAGGCCAGGAGAUGUCUUCAGAAUCACUUCAUAGGCGCUGAGGCGAUCAGAUCAGGUGGUGGCAACUGAAAUCCUCCUGUGAUCUAAUUCACCGUCAGUGGUAACUAGCAGGUCUAACAUCAGUUCUGUAUACAUGCAUGUAUCUUAUCUAUGCUACUGAGGACGGCAGGGUUUAGUCUCACACACUUUCUCCGCAAUAACCUGGGGACCAUUGAACAAUGUUUGAUCUAAUAAUGAAUCCCUUUGUUGUAAGGCUAGAGCAAUACACUGUGUGUACAAAACAUUAACAACACCUGCUUUUUCCAUGAGACUGACCAGGUGAAUCCAGGUGAAAGCUAUGAUCCCUUAUUGAUGUCACUUGUUAAAUCCACUUCAAUCAGUGUAGAUGAAGGGGAGGAGGAGAUGUGUUAAAUAAGGAAUUUUAAGCCUUGAGACAAUUGAGACAUGGAUUGUGGAUGUGUGCCAUUCAGAGGGUGAAUUGGCAAGACAAAAGAUUUACGUGCCUUUGAACGGGUUAUGGUAGUAGGUGCCAGGCGCAGCGGUUUGUGCCAAGAACUGCAACGCUGCUGGGUUUUUCACACUCAACAGUUUCCCGUGUGUAACAAGAAUGGUCCACCACCCAAAGGACAUCCAGCCAACUUGACACAACUGUGGGAAGCAUUGGAGUCAACAUGGGCCAGCAUCCCUGUGGAACGCUUGCGACACCUUGUAGAGUCCAUGGCCCGACGAAUUGAGGCUGUUCUGAGGGCAAAAGGGGGUGCUUCUCAAUAUUAGGAAGGUGUUCUUAAUGUUUUGUACACUCAGUGUAUGUACAUGUAGCAUGUUAUACCUCUGAGUAAAGCAAGGUUUUCAAGGGAAUUUUACUGUAAGGAGAUUCAGAAACACUUUUAAUGGAGACUAUGUAGUAGAAUUGAAGGAUUUAGAUCAGUCAGUGAAAUUAUUUACUGGUAGGCUAUAGCUUCUACUUACUGUUUCCUAAUAGCAGCUGUGGCCAUAGCACAGUGGUAGGUGGGGAAUUCACAUUGAUAAAUGAGGCAGGGAUUUGGCUGGAGCUCUGCAUCUGAUCAUGUGGAGCUGACACACACACAUACCAGGACCAGAGCACAGCCUUUAAGGACUAGUAUCAUGACUAAUUUGUUUACUGAUAGGGGUUUCAGAGGUCAGGCUCACUGAAUAGUUAAUUUGUUACUGUGUGUUUUUCAGGGGUUUUUGGUUUUGUUCCUUCCUUUAAUUUGAUAAUCUCUUGCAAUGAUUCAUGAAUUUGUUUGUUCAGUUACUGGCAAUUAAGUAGACCUGCUAGAUACAUUCCUUAGGUUCUGUGCUGACUGCUUAGCGGUCCUGGCUUUACUUUGGAAGAUAUUCAAGAUAACGUCAUUGGUUGUGGUUUCAGUUGUUGAGCAUUCACAUAAGUGAGUAAUAAGAUGUAGGUAAGGCCUGUGUUCAUUUUCAAGCCCUAAGAAAUGGAAUCUUACAGAAGCAUAGGAGUUGCAAUGAAUUGGUCAUUAGGUUACACCCCCCUCCCCACCCCAACCGGUGGUUGGUUCUGCAUACUAACCUCAAUCAACCCUUUUCUCCCUUCAUCUUCUCUCACCCUCAAUUCACCUGCAUUAACCUCGACCGAACACACUCCCACUCACUCAUCUGCCUGCUUUUCCACUAACCUAACCAACGCAUGACAACCGCUUCAGCAUGCAACACAAAAAGCACAUUUAUAGCUAGCUAGUUACCGUAGCUCCACAUUUGCUUAAGCCUGGUUUAGUUUAUUUGCUGUCAAACUGUCCAACAUGUCUCUGUUUGAUGUGUAAUGUCAUCUUCAUCUGAGUCCCCAUCUGUUUUCCUGUUACCACCUCUUUGACCUCUGUUUCCCACUCAAUAAUACACACCUCAUCAUCCACCUUCUAUAGAAGUACUGGAAACAUAUCAUAUUAAGAAUUCAAACCCCUAACUAACAUAUACAUGAUUAGUAAAGCAGCACUGGCAUGCAUUUAUUUAGCUUUUUAAUCCCGUCUCUUCUCUAAAGAGAGGUUAGCCUAAUGUAUGGGUAUUAAGAAUGUACUAUUUCUCCUUUUGAGUUGACUGAAGUGCUUGUUAAGCGGCAUGCAUAAGUAUGAGAAACGCUCCCACAUUGGUAGAGAUGUUUCCUGUCUGCCUAUAAUCUGUGAUUUGAUAUGCAGUGCUUCCAUUCCACUGACAUAGUUAUGUUAGUAAAACACACUGAAGAAUGUCAAGAUUAUUCAUGUGUCAUAGAGAUCAUAAUGGAGUGAUAUGUCAAUAUAAUGUAUGUAGUGAAGGAGCUGAUGUAGGGUCUUUCCAUCACUCAAUAGGUUCAUUUCAGCCUUUUCAACAGCAAUGGUGACAGUGUAAUUGGAAACAAUCUCAAACUCUUUCUCAAUGCUAUCGUAAAACUAUCAUGUAAGGGAAGGCUAGCUUCAGGACAUCCAGUUCACCUCUCUCUUGUACUUCAUCACAUAGUUUGCAGAAAGAAUAGUCACACACAACAGAUAGUCACUGAACACCUAAUACAGGCAGGUUAAGUCCUAUUCUGUACAUUCUGCUAUAUUUCCUCCCUCUCCUUAUCUGCUCUGCCACUCCCUCUCUUCCACACACUCCUCUUUUUGACUUCUACAUUCCUCCCAUCUUGUGUUAACUGUGCCAUACCUCCUCCUCCUCUCUUUUCCUUCACCUUUCUGUCCAGGCCACUCCCCCCUCUCACCACCCAAUGCUGACCCUCUCCUUCUCCUCCUGGAGGUGGGUUGGCGGACACCACUGGACCUUAUCACAACCCUUCCCCUGUCUCACUAGCCUAAUCUUCAACAAGAGACCGACCAGACAGAGACAGAGCUCUGUGGCUCUGAGCUCAGGUGACGUCACACUACCUAGACUUGUUCACUCCCCCGUAUACCUCCUCCUCAGUCAACCACUGAAACUGCCAUGCCACCCCCCACACCCCUCCCCAGUGAAACUUUCCAGGGCUGGCAAGAUGGUACCGAGGGAAAGAAAGAUUGACAAUAACCAGCCUGUUGACAGGAGCCAAGAGGAGAGCGAGAGAGAGCCUGAACUCACUGGACCACUGUUCUGUUCCAUUAUAGACAGACAUCUAUCUCUCUGAAGAAUGACUUUAUAUUAUCCAGGGUUAUUAAAUGUUCCUUUUUGGCCUUCACUGCCCCAAGCAGUUGGUUUUAUCUAUUAUAUUUCAUAUGACUGUCUGCUGUCUGUGUCUAGUCUUAAUCAUCCAAAGAUUUGAUUCAACCCACGUUUUAUGAGUGUUGAUUUUUAUCUAUGUUGGUAUGUUUUAUGGAUCUGCACGUUUCUAAUGUCUAAAUCUUGCCUUUUAUAUGUUGAAUUAAUCCACAAAUUAUGAAUACAGAUAGAAGAUGGAAUUAAAAACUUAUAACAGUGUACUGUUAGUUCCUAGCUGGUUAAUUUGAAUGUUCUCUAUUAUUUGUAAAUGUUGACACUACUGGUACUUGCACAGCUCUACCAAUGAAGAUGAUUUUUUAUUUUAAAUUAGCUUCCUGUUUACAUUAAGUCAUGUGACCAAAUAUUGUCUCUGUAUCGUACUUUGAGACCUUUUGAUAAUGAACAGCAAUAAAAAAGAACUCCACUUGUGAGUAGGCAGUUGUUUAUGGUUUCAGUGUAGAGGGUCUGCACUCAGUUAUUAUUAUGCUUAUUUAUUAUUUUUCUAGAGGCAGCAAGUGCUGUUUGUGGCUGAAAUAUGGCCAUGCUGUCACACUGGUCCCUGUGGGCUAAUUAUUAGCUGCAGGCAGCAUGUUCUUUACCAUGAGGGAAGGUGUCUCCUCUGUGAAAACUGAAACCAGUUGUAUCAAAGCUUCUUACAGCCUGUAAUCUCACUGCAGUCACUUAUGGAAUGUGUCUCACUAGCUAGUACACCUCCCCCACUGUCUACUCCCUCUACCCCUCUCUCCCUCCCUCCCUCUCCAACUCCAUUCUCUUGCCUGUCUCCCUUUCCCUCCCAAACUGUCUGUGUGUGUGUGAGAGAGAGAUUUUUCUAAGACCAUCGUUCUCCCGACGUGGAGUUUGUAUGGAUGAGGCCCAUGUCAUCUAACAUGAUGCCUGGUGUGUCUGGUCUACAGGUCUUAAGGCAGUAUGUGUGGUAAUAUUCUUCUCAGCUUUCACCAGGUCACACUUCCAGGCCCUCUGAUGGAGGGAACAAGCUAUUUCGUCAUUCCCAUACAGUGUAUUCUUACUUGCGCUAACUUGAGGGCUGAUAAAGCAACUUGAGUUACAAUCGUAGUUAUGGAUAUGAGGGCAUUUCUUUCAUCCAUGUUUACCUGAGUUGGAGCCAGGUUGACUCCUGCAUGGUGCUGAGCCUCAUGCACUGUCAGUAUGGCAAACUCUUCAGUCUUUGUCUUCCAGAGUGUUCAGGUAAGUCAUACUCAUGUUAAGGCCCUGGGUUUUUCCUGACCCUACAUGUUGGUGUAUCAGUGUGUGCCUCUGUCUGUCCUCAUGUCCUGCCCUCCUCUCCCCCCUGCAGCAUGCCGCUGCCCCUCGUAGCUGAUCUGCUGGAGACAUGCAUCGAUGAUGUCAUCCAGACACCUGUUCCCAUGGUGACAACAGGUCUGCCUGAGGAGGCGGGGCCAAGCAUGGCAGCCUCCGCCUCCAGCCUCACAGCAGACGACACCGUCUCUCUUGCCGGUGAGCUUACACACACACACACAGACAACAGUCAUGCAAAUACUAGGCUUACUGUAGAUAACCGUAGUAGUAACAACCUCCAUAAAAAGUACUCCCCUUUGCAAAUUAAGUUAUUUGGUAAGGUUGUAUAAUGUUAAGAAGAACAAAGGCAUAUUUUGUAAUGGGAGGCUGAGUACACCAAAAACGGUCAAAUUUUUUCUCCAAUGUUAUUGAAAUGGAACUAUGAAAUGUAUUCAAUAGUUAGAUUUUCUCUGUGUGCUCCACCAGGAUUGGUGUUGGUGUAUUUGCUGCGAGUAAAGACUUGUCUGUGUUUCUCCCACAGAGGCGGCAGCGCGGCUGAAGCAGCUGGAACUAGACAGUGCCCCGCUCCCUGUCCCUUCCAGAGCUAACGUCAACCUCAACAUGAACAACCAGGUCAGUGCACUGAGCUGGGUGAGGGAGAGAGAAAGACAAAAUGAAAGGGCGGAUAGAUUCUACAUGCCCUCUGUGCUCAAAUACGCAGAGACAUGCAUACUGGGUACACUCUCAGACACAUGCACUCACACUACCAGGAACACAGACACACCACACUCUAAAGGGGAAAAAGCCUGGUUAGUGUCACUCACGCGAGCAGCGCUGCAUUAUAACAUAUGGGAACGGGAGCAGAGAGCUGCAUGGACAGUCUCUGGUGGGAGUGGGACAGUUUGUCAAAAGCAAAUGUGGGAUGAUAUUUUAUUUUGUAUGUAAGGGCAGGGGGUUUGCCACUAGUUUUAGUUUCUCAGGGACCCUAAUGGGUUCCAUAUGCUGAGGCAAACAGUAGGUAACUAUGACAGGCUAAUGUAUGGAAACAAUGGCAGACAGGGAGCACCCCAGCAGGGUGUGAGUGGGGCUGGGUAUGGGCUGGGGUGGCGAGCCAUUGUAUCUGACUGCUCAUAAAAGUUAUUGGUAAUUUGACAAUGGUUACUAAAGUGUGACACUUCCUCAUGUGUGCAUCUGUGUAUAUUAGAAGGGUAUGGCUAGUUUUAGGUACUAGUUUUCGACUAUGCGUCGCAAAUAAACAUUUUCUGAAAUAGUUGCCGCCCGAAUGUGGGAGGCCAGACAAGAUGUGAAGCUCCAACCUCCCGCCUCCUCUCAGCCUAUCAGACCUCUCUUCUGUAAUUUUACUAUGUUUAUUUCUCUUGAGAGUGGUGGAGGGCAAAGGAGACCACCUAACUACAAUCUUUCCAGGAAGUGAAUGACAAAUAAUGUAGCCUAACUCAUCCAUGUCCAUGUCCGUCUGUGUGUGUGUGUGUGUGUGUGUGUGCGCGUGUUUGUGUCCGUCUGUCUCGUUGUCCGUCCGUGUGUCUGUCUGCACGUUUGUGUGUGUGUGUUCCCCCCCACAAGGAGGACGUGGUGAAGCUCACAGAGAAGUGUCUGAACAGUGUGGGUAGCAGCAGCAGCCCUGUGCUCGCUCCAUUGCGCCCCCCAGAUGACCUGAAGAGCAACAUCCUUAAAGCUCAGGCAGAGGCUGCCCUCAAG